AAUUAGUGGUCUUCAUUAAUUGCAGGAUAAGAUUAUCGUGUUAUCAGAACGAUCCUGUGUAUUCCUGUGGCUUAUUUUGUGAUAUUGGUUCGUCCGGGAACUUAAUUUUACUGACCCUGUGUCGGGCUUCACGUAUGAAGAUUUGGAUAUGGAGCAGGAGCUGAUCGGAAUUUUGGAGAAAACCUUAUCUCCUGAUCAGAAUGAACUCAAAGCUGCGACAGAAUUCCUCGAGCAGGCCGCGAAAGCGGACUUGGUGGCUUUCCUGCGAACCCUUUCGGAUAUUUUGAAAGCCAGGGCGGCGAAUCCAAUUGUUCGCGUAGCAGCCGGUCUUCAGCUGAAAAAUCAAAUCGCCUGGAAAGAUCCCGCAAAGAAAGAUAUUUUCACACAAAAGUGGUUUGCCAUCCCCGAAGAAGCUCGACAGAUAAUCAAAACAAAUGUUCUCGAAGCACUUGGCACAGAAGGCCAACGUCCUAGUACAGCUGCGCAAUGUGUCGCGCACAUCGCUAUAAUAGAACUUCCCCGCGGUGUUUGGCCUCGUUUAAUCCCGGACUUGGUCGACAACGUGUGCAAAGAAGGUGUUCCUGACUCAUUAAAAGCAGCAUGUCUCGAGUCCAUCGGCUACAUCUGUCAAGACAUCCAACCCGCAGUUCUUGCCGAAGUAUCGAACAGUAUCCUGACAGCCAUAGUCAACGGGAUGCGGUUACCUGAUGAGAACAUUCGGUUAGCUGCUGUCAAUGCCUUGCUGAAUUCGCUUGAGUUCACGCAGAACAAUUUUGCCGUCGAGAGCGAACGGAACGUUAUCAUGACCGUGACAUGUGAAGCCACGACGUCCAAUAAUACGCAAGUACGCGUGGUGGCCUUGCAGUGUUUGGUUCGAAUUAUCUCGUUGUACUACGAGUAUAUGGAGGUUUACAUGGCCAGUGCCCUUCUGCCGAUAACUCUGGAGGCCAUGAAUUCGGACACGAGCGAACUGGUGCUGCAAGGAAUCGAAUUUUGGAGCACGGUGUGCGAAACCGAACUGGACUUGGCUAUCAACGCGUCAGAAGCAGCAGAGUUGGAGCGACCCGCGCUUGCUGAUCAGUCCCGAUAUUACGCUAAAGGUGCACUCAAGUACGUUCUCCCGAUAGUGCUUGAAACGUUGACCAAACAAGACGAGUGCGACGAGGACGAAUGGACGCCGGCCAAGGGCGCCGGCGUGUGUCUGUCACUGUUCGCCGAGUGCACGGAAGACGCCAUUGUCGAGUAUGUUGUGCCUUUUGUCACGCAGAAUAUUGGCAAUGGGGACUGGAGGUAUCGUGAGGCUGCUGUGAUGGCAUUUGGGUCCAUUCUUGAAGGACCGUCGAAUGAGAAGUUGAAGCCUAUGAUGGAUGAAGCGUUGCCUGUGCUGAUGAAUUUGAUGUCAGAUACGAGUAUCCAAGUGCGAGAUACGACGGCUUGGACUCUGGGUAGAAUAUGUGAAUACUCGGACGUCACGUCAAAUUCUGAAGUUCUCACUGCACUUCUUAACGCCUUCUGUGUUUCACUCAGUGAUGAACCGUCUGUCGCCGCCAACGUUUGUUGGGCCUUGAAAAGCUUGAGCUUUGCUGCAUACAUGGCCGUCCAAACUAGUGACGAAGAGAGCAUUGAGCCGGAUGCGUAUCCCUUGUCGCCCUUUUUCCACGUUUUGAUGCAGAAACUGUUGUGGACAACCGAACGAGCCGAUGGCGCACAGAGCAAUCUCCGCGGCUCAGCCUACGAAGCCAUAAUGGACCUGGCGAGCCACUCGGCCAAGGACUGCCACGUGGCUGUGCAAGAAACCAUGCUCGUCAUUCUCGAUCGUUUGCGCCAAGUUCUCAGUCUGGGUGGACAAGUUGAUACCCAACCCGACCACCAGCAAGUUGUGGAUGUGCAAGCCAAUCUCUGCGCCGCGUUGCAAGUCAUCUUACGAAAAUUGCAACCGGAUGAGAUCGACACGAUUGGAGACGCUGUCAUGACUGCGUUGUUGCAAUUGUUGUCUACCACUCGGUCGCAUCGCGGCGUGCAGGAAGACGCUAUCAUGGCCGUGGCGAGUUUCAUCGACGUGAGCAGUGCCAAGUUCACCAAGUACAUUGAAGCCUUUGUUCCCUUUUUGCUGCUUGGAUUGCAAGCUGUCAACUCGCCUCAGGUGAACUCAGUUUCCGUUGGAAUCGUCGGGGACUUGUGUCGAGCCGUCGGGGACAAAGUUCAACCGUAUGCCGAUGCCUUGAUGACGGAAUUGCUCAAGAAUCUUGCCAGCCAGGAAGUGCACCGAAAUGUGAAGCCGCAGAUUUUUUCCGUCUUCGGCGACAUGGCGUUGGCAUUAGGGGUUAGAUUUAGUAAUUACUUGCAAGCUGUGUUCACAGUGCUGCACCAGGCGUCCAUGGCGCAGAUUGAAGGGACUGAUCCGGAAAUGCGGGAAUACCUCAACGCUCUGAGGAUAGGUUGUUUGGAGACUUACUCUGGUCUGGUGCAAGGCAUGAAGGGCGAGAACAACAAUGUGGGUGUACAUUCGGGCGAAGGGAAUCCCCUAAUGGAGCUCGGGAACACGAUCUUGCCGCCUUUGAGCGAAUUCCUGAAGAUAAUUGCGCUUGAUUUGGGUGUCUCUGAUGAAUGCGUCUGCACAGCUCUUGGUCUCAUGGGGGAUAUCUCAUCGUCAUUCGGAGCUCCAGCGCUGCCAGUCCUCGAAACUCAUCCGAUCCCCUUGUUACUCCAACGCGGAAAAACGAGCAAAAGCAAAAAGACUCGGACGAUGACAUCCUGGGUCAUGAAGAGCAUGAAAAAGGCCAAGACCACUGCCACCUCCAACGGCGUUUGAUUCAGCUUCAGUGCCAACUUCUUUCGUUCCCAGCUUGCCGGUGUAAUCGUUCCUUUCAGUCUCCGUUUUUUUUUUCUUUCGUCUGCCAGAAAGUUUUCGAAUUGCGAAGGAAUCACGGAUAUUUUUAUGCAAUUUUUUUGUUCGUUUUCGAAGUAAGGCGUGACCUGCCGAGAAGAAGAUGAGGCAUGGAGAGAUACUCCGUCACUCGCGUACUUCUUAUUUCUCAUCGAUUUUUGAUCAAAACUCCGUCAAUUUUUUAAUCUGGAUGUAACUGGCAAAAAGACCUCCUUUGAAGAAUCCUCUGCUUUGUUUUCCGGUCGCAUAAUCUUACCUCGUGAACAGAACGGAAGAAACUUUCAGUGAUUUCGAAGAAUUUCCAGCGGCGAGUGCGGUUUGGUGAUGGUGAUGUAGAAAGAAGCGUUCACCGUAACGAUUCUUCGAAGCGGCUUUUUUAUCUUUGCCGGGCUGUGAACCGGCUGCGAAGAGAUAGGGUUAGAUUUUUGCGUGUUUCGUUUUUUCUUUUGGUGGCAUUGGAAAGCAGCGAUUUCCCCGGCGAGAAUUUUUUUUCAUGUUUUUUGUAACGAGAUUGCCGCAUUCGGGUGGCCGGGGUCGUGAUGAAGUUUUUUGCUCGCAGGCGUACCUUUUUUUUUUUUUUUUUAAUCACGGCUCGUUCCGCGAAUUUUUUCAAGCUGUAAUAAAGUGAAAUCUGUCUUCUCGAGAGAUUUACCCGAGUCCGAUGAGCCAAGAGUCUUGAUGAACGUGGG